UUUAUUUGGAGCCCGAUUGGUUUUUUCUUUAUCUUUUGCCGCCGAUUGCUUUGGAAGCUGGAUAUUUUAUGCCUAACAAGGAGUUUUUCCGUAAUAUCGGGACAAUAACAACCUACGCAGUUGUAGGCACUUUAUGGAACACAGCAGCAACGGGCCUAACCCUCUACUCAUUCAAAAAUUAUUUUCAUGGCCACCCAUCACCAAUAGAUUUAUUUUUGUUUGCAACUUUAAUAAGUGCUGUUGACCCUGUAGCGGUAAUUUGUGUAUUUGAGGAAAUUCAUGUUAACCAACUUCUCUAUAUUUGUGUGUUUGGAGAGAGUCUGCUUAAUGAUGCUGUUACUAUUGUUCUUUAUCACACUUUACACGCUAUGGCUGCUGCCGGAGUAGACGCAAUUUUUUGGACAGAUUAUUUACUCGCCAUAAUCGCCUUCUUUUGGGUUUCUGUUGGAGGUAUUUUGGUCGGUGCGUUGUGGGCUGUUUUAACUGGAAUUGUUACAAAAUUUGGUGCAGGCGUUUCUGUUGUCCAACCAUUAACAUGCCUUCUUUUCCCUUAUUUGGCUUAUUUAAUAGCAGAAUCUUUUGGUUUAUCAGGAAUUUUGGCAAUUGUUGUUUGUGGAAUGGGAAUGAAGCAAUAUAUUGUUGGAAAUAUUUCUGAACAGUCUUUGGUUACCGUUAAUUAUUUUAUGAAGACACUUUCGUCUAGUUGUGAAGCAGUUAUAUUUGUAUUUCUUGGCCUUUCCGCUGUUUCAAAAAAUCAUGACUUGGAUUUUGCUUUUAUUUUCAUUACACUUUUUGCAAUUUUUGUUUUUCGAUUUAUUAGUGUUGGUGUGCUAACAUCUUUAGUAAAUAAAAAACGUUUACAAAAAAUUGGAAUUGUUGAUCAAUUUAUUAUGGGCUAUGGAGGAAUUAGAGGGGCUGUUUGUUAUGGUUUAGUUAUGUCUUUAAAUCAGGAAUUAAUUUGUUGUAAAAAUAUGUUGGCUUCGACUACUAUUAUUGUUAUUGUUUUUACUGUUUUUGUACAGGGAGGCUCAAUAAAAAAAUUAGUAACAUAUCUUAAAGUUAAACAACACGAGGUUCGUAAAAAGACAGUUUUUGAAAUGAUUGCAGAUAAUGUUUGUAGCCAUAUUGGUGGUGGUGUUGAAAGUAUUGCUGGGCUACGUGGAAAUUAUUGGUUUCGAAUGACAAUUGAACGCUUUAACGACAAAUACCUUCGCCCAUUUAUUACUCUCCAACCGGAAGAUAGGGGAAUGAAACUCGUCAAAUACAACGAAGAAAUUCAAGUAACAGAAGCUGUCAGUUAUCUUAAAAAACAUGGAUCAUUUGCCGGAAUGCCAACAGUACAGAGCUGUAGAGAUUUACAAUUGGCACAGAGUUUGCCUCCAAGAAUGAGUAUAUCUCAACGUUACCUUACCACAACAGAACAACCCCUUUUGGGAGGUGUAGUUGUUCCCUCUUCUGUUGCUUUACAAAGACCACGUGAAAAUACAAUUCCAAGAAAUGAAUCUGUUAGUGUUUUUGUCCGAGAUAAAUUUGCGGAAAUGAAUUCGAGUGCUCAUCGUUAUAGCAGACAUUACUUGGAUGGCGAUUUUAAAAAUCUUCAACACAGUUUUAGUUUAGCAGAGGAUGGCAAUGUUGAAGAAGAAGACGAAUAUUACUACAAAACAUAUCCAAAUGGUAAAUACAACAAAAAAGAUUUGAUAAUCCAAAUGCGUAAAAAAUCUGUAAAACUAAGCAAUGCCUCCAACAACAAUAAAGAGCUUGACACAGUCCCAGAAAUGAGUAUUAAAUUUUUGUCGCCUGAAGAAUAUGAAUAAAUUGCUGCAAUGCAGUUAAAUUAUAGUAACAUUCCAAGGUUUUUUUAUUUAUAAGCUUAAAAUUGUUUUUUUUUUGGCGUACCAAGUGUUUGUUUAGGUAAUUUUUGAGUUUAUGGGCAAAAUUUAGAGGACGCGCUGAACGGGAUCCCGCGGGAUUUUUUCGUGACUUAUCUCUCGGGAUCCCAUUCCGGCAUCGGUUAAGGAAAAAAAUUCCGACUCGGGAUCCCGGAAGUACAUUUUACCGACCUCUAGUAAAAUUAACGUGUCGGUAAAUUUCCGUUCAGACAUCGGAUCUGGGGGAAUCCGCCCCCACCCUUUUUAAAUUUUCCCUGAUUUCUCUUUUUUAACCAAAAAAAGAAUUUAAUUUUAGGGGUAGAUAAAAGAGAAAACCAAACACUUGGAGCUUCAUUAAUUAAAUAUUUUUGAAUACUUGUUG